AUGAACCGGAAGCAUAGAAUCAAAUCACCACCCUUCAAAAAAGGCACUCCCAUAGUUACGACUUAUACAAACGACCAACAGGCUUCAAUGGAAAGUCCUUUAAGGAGCGGCCUGAAAACGGUCUUAGAGGAAACGAAGAACGAUUUUAUCGAAGAUACACAAGAGCACGACGAAACCACUGAGGCGUUCAAAUCGGAAGUUGAGAGGUUUAUCGAAAUAUCCAAAUAUUUUUCCAGUCCCCUGCGGAAAACAGCUUCUUACGUGUGUGAAGACCGGCUCAUUUCGUACCCUAAUCCAUACAGGAUGGAAUAUAAAAGAGGCGGCGUUACGACGUAUCACAUUAAGUUUUGUAAUUUGAUACUUGAGCCUGUGUACAUCAAACUCUAUAAACUCAUCCCCGACUUAGAGGAGAUUAAGUUUAUUAAUCUCUCUCUCUCGAGGUGCAAGAGGAUUCCGCCAGGCCUCUCCUUUAAUUUGGGCUUCGUGUACGACGACGUCAACGAAAAGCCCGCGCAGAACGCGAAAAUGAUUUUCGUCGCUUCAAGAAAAUCGACCACACCCUGCUACCAAAUAUGUGAAAUAGAUUUAAAUAUUGACGCGUUGAAAAUUCGCCGCUGA